AUAUGUGACACUGCUAUAAUGGACUUUGAUGGCCUUAUCGAGGUUAACUCUGCUCUGGGUACAGCCGCCGUGAUUGUGAUGAACAAGCAAGCUGAUGUUGUACGUUGUAUAGCGAGGCUGAUAGAGUUCUACAAGCACGAAUCAUGUGGCCAAUGUACUCCAUGUCGUGAGGGCUGCGGCUGGAUGAUGAAAAUCAUGAACCGAUUUGGUACGCUUGGUUUGGGUUCUCAUUUUCUGGAUAUCUACGAUUCGCCCCAUUGCAUAUUCAGUUUUUCUCAAUGUCACGAAUUGAAGGGAAGCACACUUCUUAAUUCAGUUACUAGGACGGGUUGGAGAUUGCAUUUCUAA